UAAAAAUGGAAACAAUUGGAAAUGGGUGGUGGGAGAAGGAGCAACUCUGAACCCAGAUAAUGAAGUGUGGCUGUGUGCAGAGGCCCAACUUUGCGAGACUGGGAUGGAGGCUGCGCUGGACGUGUCGUCCAUGAGAAAUCGGGAACUACAUUUCCCAGCAUCCCCGUGGUACCAGAACUACUUUACCCGAAAGUCUCAGCGAGGUUGAACCCCCUCUUCCGCAACCUCCGGUCUCCCACUGCGAGAACAUGAGGGGUCGCUGGCUGUGGCGGCUCGUGCGCCCCUCUGGGAGCGGGGGCAACUGGACUUCAGCUCCCCGCGGGCGUUUCUCGAAGGCCCCGCGGAGAGAUUUCUUGACCACCACAACUAAGGAAGGAUACGACAGGAGACCAGUGGACAUAACUCCUUUAGGACAAAGGAAAUUAACAUUUGAUACUCAUGCGUUGGUUCAGGACUUGGAAACACAUGGAUUUGACAAAGCACAAGCUGAAACAAUUGUAUCAGUAUUAACUACCUUAUCAAAUGCCAGCCUUGAUACUAUCUAUAAGGAGAUGGUCACUCAAGCUCAACAGAAAAUAACAGUACAACAGCUAAUGGCUCAUUUGGAUUCUAUCAGAAAAGACAUGGUCAUACUAGAAAAAAGUGAAUUUGCAAAUCUGAGAGCAGAGAAUGAGAAAAUGAAAAUUGAAUUAGUUCAAGUUAAGCAACAGCUGGUGCAUGAAACCAGUCGAAUCAGAGCAGAUAACAAGCUGGACAUCAACCUGGAAAGGAGCCGAGUCACAGAUAUGUUUACAGAUCAAGAAAAGCAGCUUAUGGAAGCAAACACAGAAUUUACCAGAAAGGAUACCCAAACAAAAAGUGUUAUUUCGGAGACCAGUAAUAAAAUUGAUACUGAGAUUGCUUCUUUAAAGACACUAAUGGAGUCAAACAAACUUGAGACAGUUCGUUAUCUUGCAGCCUCAGUGUUCACUUGCUUGGCAAUAGCUUUGGGGUUCUACAGAUUCUGGAAGUACGACUAACACUCCCUCCCUCUGCUGCCACUACUGACUUCUGAGGACCUAAGUGGGGACAGACUUUCUUGAAUAUUGUCAGCUGCAGCAAAAGCUUACUCCAAAGUUAUGCACUGAAGAGAAGUGUUUUAGGUAUUUAUUUUGUAUGUCUUUAUUAUGUUGAGAAGCUGUUAUACAAAACCUGACUUAUUUAAAAUAGAAGAGCCUUUUGUCUUUAUCUUUUUGAUUGUUAUCAAAACACAAUCAGCUUUCCUGCGGAUAACUUUGUAAAUAAAAUAGGACAUUGUUGUUUUCUGUUGCAGAUUUGAAAAUAAUUUUGUAGUUUACAUACAUAUUGGAUCUAACCUUCUUGAUAAAUAUUGAAGUUUUUAUAUAAAAGAUUACUAUAACAUUG